CAAACGAUCGCAAAUGGGCUCCUGUUUCUCCUCCUCCUGCUCCGCCGCUUCCACCACCGGCCGGUCUCCCACCGCCAAAGUUAUCAACGCUGACGGCUUACUCAUAGAGUACUCUCAGCCCGUCCAAGUAUCCCAUGUCCUCGGUCUCAACCACCGCGCCUUCUUCCUCAGCAACGCCGACGGACUCUUCUACGGCCACCACAUUCAUGCUUUGGACGACAACCGUUACAUCGAGCUCGGAAAGCUCUACUUUCUUCUGCCGGCAAAGAGGCUGAACCAUCCUUUGACGGCGGCGGAGAUGGCGGCGUUGGCUGUAAGUGCAAACUCUGCACUAGCCGACGCAGCUUUGAUGAGGAAGAAGAAAAGCAAUUCUAGGAGGCGGAGGAAGGGUGUUCAGGUUUUGCCUGUUGUUACGGCGUUGGAUUCUGAUGGGUAUGAGAGUUUUAAUGAGAUCAGUGUUGGAAAUUGGAAAACAGAGAAGGGUUGGAGGAAGAGUGAUGAAGUGAAGCAGAGGGCUUUGAGGGGAGGGGAGAGUGCCGUUAAGAGGCAUUUCCGGCCAAGUUUAGACUCUAUUGAGGAAGUUUACGAGUAAUUCUACACAUUUGUUUCUUCGGUUCUUCCGAAUCAGUUUAAUCCCUGUCGCUAAUUAAGGAGAAAUUAUUGAUUUUUCCCCUGUACAGAUUUGAUGAAUUGGAUUGUGUUUCUGUUUAAUUUGGAAUGUUGCUGAAAAAAUUUAU